AUGACUGUCGCGGAAGCAGGGGUUCCUGCACACCCCGCUGUCAAUGUGUAUGCGGCAACCUUGGAGGAGAUCCGCGAAGCUGCCAACCGUAUCGAGCCCUUUGCCCACAAAACGCCGGUCAUGACCAGCAAGACGUUGGACAGUCUGGCUGACUGCUAUUUACACUUCAAAUGCGAGAUAUUUCAGAGAGUUGGCGCCUUCAAAUUCAGAGGAGCAAUGAACUCCGUAUUGAGUCUAUCCGACGAACAAGCUGUGCACGGGGUGGUGACACACAGUUCUGGAAACCAUGCGGCCGCGCUGGCUUGCGCAGCAAGAAUCCGUGGCAUUCCAGCAUACAUCGUCAUACCUUCUGACGCACCACAGUGCAAAGUGGACGCAGUCGAGGGAUAUGGCGGUCUGAUCACACGGUGUGAAGCUACGGUGGAUGCGAGGGAGAGCACUGCAACAUCCAUUCAGCAGAGAACUGGUGCCAAGCUGAUUCCUCCCUACAACUACGGGCCCACAAUCUGCGGCCAAGGCACUAUGGCCCUGGAGCUUCUUGCACAGGUGCCUCAACUAGAUGCUAUUGUCGUGCCAAUCUGUGGCGGUGGAAUGACCUCGGGCAUAGCCGUGGUCGCAAAAGGCAUAAAGCCUGGCAUCAAAAUAAUUGCAGCUGAACCUACAGGGCUGAACAAUGCAGCUGAUGUAGCUGCUUCAAAGGAUGCUGGCAGGAUUGUGGAAUGUGCCAGACCGGUCACAAUUGCGGAUGGGCUCAGGGGUCGCAUGGGCGACCUGACCUGGCCCAUCAUCAAAGACUUGGUGGAUGAAGUGGUGACUGUAUCAGAGCAGGAGAUCGUGGCAGCCAUGAGGUUGCUGUUUGAACGCAUGAAGUUGGUGGUGGAGCCAUCUGGGGCAGUGGGCUUGGCAGCAGUCUUGUCGCCAAAGUUUAAAGCAUAUUUGCGAGGCCAGGAGGGAGGCCUUCAGAAUGUGGGCAUCAUCUUGUCUGGAGGCAAUGUCGACCUUGCAGCAGCAGGUCUGUGGGAGAAUCUGUUGGUUGCCGGCUACAAGUGA